CUCACACAGAAGAUAGAUGUGAAUUGGCCUCUGAUGCUGUAUUUUGUUUGUAGUCAAAGUUAGAACUUUCCUUUCCCAUUGCCCAUUCAAAUAAAGAAUAAUAUUGCAUUCAAUUCUGCGGGGACAAUUUUGUUCUAUGCUGUUGUAAAAAUAGUGGUUUUACUUCAUGGAAGAAGUUCAUAGCCACAUCAAUAGAUGGCAUAUUCGUAUAAAACGCAUAGGAUACAAGAUGGAGUUCUCACCGGCCCAUAUGGAAAAACUCGUAGAACUGUUGAGACCACCCGAACCAGAAGUGUUGCAAGGAGACGAUUUACCAGCUUCAGUUUUCGACAUAACUUCAACUAGAGGUAAAAUUCCUCCACCCGAAGAGAAAACAAAAACUCCUAAAACAAUCGAAGAGUAUGAAGAACAGGAAGCUAAAGAGAUUGAUAACUUGGGACGAGCUGGGACUGGUUUAGGAGAUCUUAAGACUCCUGAGUACACCAUGAACUACCGGCAGUCUGUUUCAGCCGAAGAUGUGUUUCUUCAGCUCGGCCCAAAAACGCCAGGAUCGGCUAGCUGCGAGAAUCUCAUCGUACGAGUGAAGAUGCCAGGAGAUAAGAUGGAAAAUGUGGAUCUAGUGGUGGACACCACCUCCGUCACGGUCACCUCGUCGCAGUAUUCAUUGAAACUGCCAUUACCUCAUGAGAUUGACCCUGAUCGGUCCAAAGCUAGCUGGGAGGUUGACCAGGAGACUUUAGUUCUUACUCUAAGGUUAAAUAGAGAAUUUGAUUUUGUUAAUUUUUAACGUAAGUUUGCAUUUCUAUUUAAUUUACGUUUUAAAUACUUUCUCUGAUUAUGUAAUUAUUUACGUAAAUAGGAUGGUACCUCUCUUGGUUCCCAGUAUUAACAGAAAAGUUAGUCGCAAAGGAACUUGUGUCCACUGUUUACCUACCGCAUCUUAAAAAGAUAUUUCUCUAGAUGCCGAUCUUUCUCUAGAUUCAGGUAUUAGCCUUGUAUUUACUGAAAAACAUAUAUGUAGGUAAUAAAAAUAUAUCUACUUAAAAAUACGAGUAUAUUA